AUGUACGCUGGUUGUGCAAUAAGCAAGUACGCCACAUGGCUUCGGCUUACACCUUGUCAGGUCAAAGCUGGGGACAAGCUCACUGCCGAGUGGCACCACACGCUCGAUUCCAAGCCCGAGACGGACAAGUCAGACCCAAUUGACCCCGGUCAUUUGGGUCCCAUCAUGGUCUACCUUGCCAAAGUCGAUGAUGCUUUGUCUACCAAAGUGACGGGACUCAAGUGGUUCAAGAUUUACGAGGAUGGUAUGGAUGCCAAUGGCGAGUGGGCUGUUACGAGACUCUAUAACAAUAAGGGCCUGGUGGACUUUGUACUGCCGUCGUGCAUCCCCAGUGGACAGUAUCUCCUCCGCGCAGAGCUCAUUGCUCUUCACGCCGCCUCAAACUACCCUGGCGCUCAACUCUACAUGGAGUGUGCUCAAAUCAACGUGACAGGAGGUGGCAGUGCCAGUCCGGCGACCGUCAGCUUCCCAGGUGCAUACAAAGCGACUGACCCGGGUAUUAAGUUUCAACUGUACUGGCCGAUCCCGACCAGCUACACAAUUCCCGGCCCGAGGCCAUUCACUUGCUCUGCGAAGAUCAGGUAG